GCCAUGGAUUUUCUGCUCAACUACCCUCUUCGUGAUGAAUGAUCUCAUCCUGUUUGUCUUCCUUGUAUAUAAACCCAACGCUGAUCUGGUGUAACGGAUGGUGAUUGCACGCUAGCGUUACUUUGGCGCCUGUCAUCUCUCAUAUCAUCGCCGAGACUGGCUCAGCCCUGCCCAGCCAUCCGCCCAUUCCGCUGGUUUGCCUAACCCACGGAGAACAUUCUUUUCAUCUUACCUUUGCAAACCCCCGACCAUGAACCGUCCUUGUCGUCACAUUCCGCAUGUCGAAUAGCUGAGAAUUCACUGGAUCCUUUGUUUUGCUCCCUCCUGAGGAUUGCGGAGAAUGUAUCUCCCAUCUCAAUAUGGACGGCUUGUCGCCCGGCAGAGUGGACCGCCGGGCGCGGACAACAAUCAUGAAGCUCGAUCGGAGACAUCUCACCGGAAUAAUAUAUUUAUCAUCGUCGCUGCGGCCAUCGUCUUCGCAUUAGCCGUCAUUCUAAUGGCCUAUUUUACCCUGCGCACCCUCCGUCGGAUGAACUGUCGUCCAAAAUACAUACCCGGGAAGUCUUUGAAAGAUCGAUGGAAUCGCUGGCAAGCUGGAGCGUCGUACGGUCAAGUUCCGAAUGAUGGAGCGUCAUCCAAUCGAGCUGAAGCUGGCGCAAACACCGGGUCUGCAGAACGAGGAUCAGAAAUGAACACCAAUAGCGCGGUUCGCCGUGAAACGUCAGUUCGCUCCGUCAUGACCCUCCCCGCCUAUUCGUCGAGUCCGAAACCGUCAGAGCAGGUCAUUGCCCGGGAAGGAGAGCGGGGUGGCAUGGAUGUCGUCGUGGAAUUUCCCGAGACUGCCGACGAAGAAGAAGCCCGCAGGGAGGAACUGAUGGAAUCCCUGUACCAAAUCCGCCAGCAGCGGAGACAGGAGAUAGCAGAGCGGGAGGCCAGGCGAGAGGAGCGUCGUGAGGCCCGUGCUCGUGGGGAUUAUAUCCGUCUCGAGCAGCUUCGCCAAGAGAGUCGUGCUCGAGCCCAAGGUCGCUCUUCUGCCAACGGGAGCAACACUAACUUUUCCUCUGCAUUGACUCUAGCCGAGGCUCGGAGUCGCGGCCGGGAGAGGCGUAUUUCCAGUGUCAGCUAUGCAGCAUUGGGCUACGUGCGACAUGAUGGAACGCGUAUGCGCAAUACUUCGCCUGAUGAGCCUGAUACGGAUUCUCGCCCUCUACUGUCGAACGUCGAUACGAUGAGCACGGAAACCGCCAACCGUUCAUCCACGUCGAGUCUGACGAAUGUACAUUCACGAGGUGAAUCGUACUCGUCCGCUCAUUCCGCAGACACUGGAGUCUCUGAACAAGAUAGCUUGACCCCGGUCCAAUCGCACGCUGCUUCCACCCACUCCAUGAUCCCGAGUUCUGGCGAAGGCGAUUUGGGGGCCCUUCAUAUCCCCCCUCCGGACUAUGAACAGUUGGACUGGGGAGAGGCGCCUCCGUAUGAAAGUCCAACCGCAGAGCGAGGUGACCAUCCGCCACAGCUGCGGGAGCUCACUCCUCUGCCUACAAUCCAAAUCGAGCUUGCCAGCCCUGUGAACAACACGCCUACUACACCCACAAAUCCCCACCGCGAAGAGCAUCGCUCAUCAGAAAGCCAAGGCACUCAUCGCGAUUCUUAGUCCUUAAUUUCUCUGUCCGCAUCCCUACUCAGUUGAUGUCGUAUGCCUAUUGUUCCUUGGCAUCUUCUCCACCGUCUCUGGCGUGCUUAGACCAUUACGAGCUUACGACGUUUUAGAUUCCCCACUGUGUGGCCAAUUGGCUGUUAUUAAUAGCGAAUUCUCUGUUCUGUUUAUUUCAUAUUGAAGCUUGGUUUCACCUCGCUAGCAUGGCGUUCGGGUGGCAUGUAUAUGGCUUUAUGCAAACCUCUGUAUGUAUAUAAAGAGUGCUUUGUAUGAAUUUAUUGAACAUAUUACUUUCAA